GGCAGCCCGUGUGCUGCUGCCCAGCAGAGAAGUUUUGUGACCGCCCCCCUGGGGUUGACACAUCCUUCUCUGUGUUUGGCUUCUAUCUGGGGCAGAGGCAUGUUACAGUUUACAAAGCCCUGGGGGUGUUCCAGGGGCACCCAACCAGAAUUUCCAACUUGCAUAAACUGAGCAGAACCUGAGCCCGGAAUGAGGCCGGGACGUGCCGCAGGAGUCCGCUCUGCCGGGGCAUUUGGCCCCCAUGAGGCUGUGAUCUGAGACGUAGCUCCCCUCCCCCUUCCCGCGUCCCUCUGAGAUGAUCAGCACACACCAGCCUCUUCAACUGGGCACAGCGCCCCAGAACUCAGGACACACUGGCACCACCUGUUUCUUCGCCCCCACGUAAUAAAAUUGGUUGAAGAGCCUACGGGAUUUUGGAACCAGCGCCCUCUGGAGAGAUUUCAUACAUCAACUCCUCCCCGGCAAAGAGGAAACGGCCAAGUAGGAGACAGGGAACAAAGUCCUAUCACUGGGCGAAAGGAGACUCGAGUCUGCAGCGGCGGAGCAGAGAGACAGGCCAGCCACCCAAGGGAAGCUCCACUCAGAGCCAGGCUACCAUGGACACCCUGGUCCGACUCCUGCAGCUGCUGGUGCUAAUCCUGACCCUGCCCCUGCACCUCAUGGCUCUGCUGGGUUUCUGGGAGCCCCUGUGCAAGACCUAUUUCCCCUACCUGAUGGCCAUGCUGACAGUCAACUGCAACCGCAAGAUGGACAGCAAGAAACAGGAGCUCUUCAGCCAGAUAAAGGGGCUGGCAGGAGCCUCGGGGAAGGUGGCCCUGCUGGAGCUGGGCUGUGGCACCGGCGCCAACUUCCAGUUCUACCCAUGUGGCUGCAGGAUCACCUGCCUGGACCCGAACCCUCACUUUGAGAAGUUCCUGACAAAGAGUAUGGCCAAGAAUAGGCAUCUUGAAUAUGAACGGUUUGUGGUGGCUUUCGGAGAGGACAUGAAACAGCUGGCCAGUGGCUCCAUGGACGUGGUGGUCAGCACCUUGGUGCUGUGCUCGGUGCAGAGCCCAAAGAGGGUCCUGCAGGAAGUUCGGAGAGUACUGAGGCCGGGAGGAAUGUUUUUUUUCUGGGAGCACGUGGCUGAGCCACGUGGAAGCUGGGCCUUCCUGUGGCAGCAAGUUUUAGAGCCCACCUGGAAACACAUUGGGGAUGGCUGCUGCCUCACCAGAGAGACCUGGAAAGAUCUGGAGAAUGCCCAGUUCUCUGAACUCCAAAUGGAACGACAACCCCCUCCCAUCAAGUGGUUACCUGUUGGGCCCCAUAUCAUGGGAAAGGCGGUGAAAUAAGCCCCUCCUUCUCCCACCUCUCCGCGGGGAGCCCCUCUCCUUCUCUAACUUCAACCCUUCCUUGUGCAGUGAAAAAGCUCUAUUCCCAUCCUGACUACGGGGAGGAAACAGUUAUACCCUGUCAUAUCCCUAACUGCAAAUUCCUCGACUGGGUCUCCCAGUUUUUGCCCACUACCCCUAGGACAGCUCCCCGUCCCUUCCCCGUGUUCCCCCCACUUCUGAGACCACACCCACGUGCCCCCAGGACCUGGUCACAAAAGUCACCAGUAUCCCUGCCAGGCGCCCUGGGCUCCCUCCAACCACCACCUUUGUCCUGGGCUGCGGGGAUGCAGAGAGAACCAGUCCUCUCUGGAGACCCUGCAGCACUCAGCAAAGAAGCCAGAGGCUUCAUCCUCGCAUCGUUUUUAAUAAAUAGACAAAACCCACGGA